UCUUCAGUGACUGUACUCAGCACUAUUGGGACCUGCAACAUGGCCAUGUACAGUAACCAUUGUCUUUCAAUUUCAGUCUUUGCACUCGCACUUCUCCUCUUGGCCCCAACGACAGCACAUGAUGAAGAAGAAUCACCGAUCACUCGGUUUCAGCAAUACCUCCGUAUCAAAACGGCACACCCAAACCCUGACUAUGCAUCAGCAGUUUCGUUCCUUACUUCCCAAGCUCAAGCAAUCGGCCUUCAAGCCCAAACCCUAGAAUUCGAACCAGGAAAGCCUCUGCUUCUCUUGGCAUGGCCAGGCACAAACCCUUCUCUCCCUUCAAUCCUUCUCAACUCCCACAUGGACAGUGUACCUGCCGAGCCCUCCAAAUGGCUCCAUCCGCCCUUUUCCGCUAUCCGAACCUCCGAGGGGAAAAUAUAUGCCAGAGGAUCUCAAGAUGACAAGUGCAUCGGAAUUCAGUACCUCGAAGCAAUCCGAAACCUUCUAUUCUCUCGCAAUUUUAAACCCCUUCGUACAAUUUAUAUAUCGUAUGUUCCGGAUGAGGAGAUCGGUGGGUUUAAUGGUGCUUCUAAGUUCGCAGCAUCGAAGGUGUUUAAGGAUUUGAACAUAGGGUUUAUGUUGGAUGAAGGUCAGGCUUCGACUACAGAUGAAUUCCGGGUGUUUUAUGCUGAUCGGUCGCCGUGGUGGUUGACAAUUAAGGCUAUUGGAGUGCCGGGUCAUGGGUCCAUGUUGUAUGAUAACACUGCAAUGGAGAAUUUGAUGAAGAGCAUGGAGAUUAUUACUCAGUUUAGGGAUAAUCAGUUCGAUUUAGUUAAGGCUGGAGUGGCUAGUUCAGAAGUUAUUUCAGUUAAUCCUGUGUAUCUGAAAGCUGGCUCUCCUUCCCCUACGGGUUUUGUGAUGAACGUGCAACCUUCAGAAGCAGAAGUAGGGUUUGAUGUUCGUCUUCCACCUACAGCAGAUCCAUUUCUCUUGAAGAAAAGAAUUGCUGCUGAAUGGGCACCUGCUACCAGGAACAUGACAUACCAGUUUAGUGAGAAAGGACCCAUAAGAGACUAUAUGGGGCGCCCUCUAAUGACACCAACCAAUGAGUCCAACCCAUGGUGGUCUAUUUUCAAGCAAGCCAUAAGUGCAGUUGGAGGAAAACUUGCUAGGGCUGAAAUCUUGCCCUCCACAACUGAUGCACGCUAUAUGAGACAGUUGGGGAUACCCACCUUCGGGUUUUCCCCAAUGUUAGAAACUCCAAUCUUACUUCAUGAACAUAAUGAGUUCCUGAUGGACAGUGUAUUUCUGAAAGGAAUUAAGGUGUAUGAAUCCAUAAUCAGUUCUUUAAGUUCCUUUGAUGAAGGUAACACUCUAGGCUCUACCACAGUUUGAUGGAUCUUUGAGAAUGCUGUAGUUCAGCACUGUGGUCUGUUGUUGUAUUUGUACUAUAAAUUUGCAGGUUUAAUGCUCAACUCGUAUCUGUAAAUGUUUUGUAUUUACCCUGCCCAAAAAAACAAGUAAAAAAAAUGAAGAUAUUUUCCU